AUGGCAGCUUUGGUUGGCUACCUUUGUGCCGCAGUGGCCGUGCUUUUCUUUGGAAGCAAUUUCGCAGUAGUCGCGAAGUACGAUGCUGGUGAUGGAAUGUUUUUUCAACUUGUGCUCUGCCUCGGGAUAUGGUUCACUGGCCUUGUCGUCCUGCUGUUGCGAAGCCAUCCGACCUUCUAUCCCGUGGCCAUGACAGGAGGCGUUCUGUGGUGCUCCGGUAACUGCCUCACUGUGUACAUCAUCAAGCAGAUUGGAUUGGGCCCAGGACUGGUAACGUGGGGCACAGCAGCUCUCAUCAUCGGCUGGGUCACGGGAUUCUUUGGCCUCUUCGGUUUGCCCAGCGAGCAGAGCUGCCUGGAGAAGCCAUGGCUCAAUGUUGUUGGCGUUGUGCUUGCGAUGUGCGCGCUCGCGGUGAGCACGCUCGUGAGGAAGAGUGUUCCCGAAAAGCCGCUGCUAAUCGAUGCUGGACGGGUGCCACCAACGAUCAGCGAGGAUGUCGAAGAAAGCCCAGCGAGGGCUUCUGCUGGUCGAGCCAAGGGCGUGUUGGCCAGCUUGGUGGCCGGAACCUGCUACGGUCUCAACUUCCUGCCGUCCACAUGGAUCCAGAACCAUGUUGCUGGAGCAUCCCAAGACGGACUGGACUAUGUUUUGCGGCAUCAUGGCUGCCUCCAUAGUGCAUCCCGACGCUUGAGAUAA